CGUAAAUCGUUCCUUGCCCCCCUCACCCCCGCGGACAAAUAGCAGUCUCCUCGCCACAGCUAUCCAAAGCAAAUAAUUGAAAAUGUCCAUUGAUUUGUAUUACGUUCCCGGAAGUGGACCAUGUCGUUCGGUUCGUUUGGUUGCUGCCGCAGUUGGCGUCGAUCUCAACCUGAAAUUGACCAAUCUAAUGGCCAAAGAGCAACUGAAGCCGGAAUUCCUCAAGAUGAACCCGCAACACACCGUACCUACCUUGGACGAUAAUGGCUUUUACCUAUGGGAAAGUCGAGCCAUUUGUAUGUACUUAGUCGAGAAGUAUGGUAAAGAUGAUUCCCUUUACCCGAAGGAUCCAAACCAGCGUGCACUUAUAAAUCAACGCUUAUAUUUUGAUAUGGGAACAUUAUAUGAAGCAUUCGCUCAGAAUUAUUACCCACAACUUUUCGCUGGAGCACCCGAGGAUCCAGAGAAAGUUAGUAAAAUACACGAGGCCUUGGAAUAUCUAGAGAAAUUCCUUGAGAAUCAGAAUUACACCGCUGGAGAUAAUCUUACUCUUGCCGAUCUUGUACUCGCAGUUUCAGUCUCUAACUUUGAGGUUGUCGACUUUGACAUAAGUAAAUAUAAGAAUACAUCCGCUUGGAUGGCAAGGAUAAAAUCUGAGGCACCAAAGUACGAAGAAAUUAAUGGAGAAGGCUUAAGGGCAUUUAAAGAAUUAAUUGAUAAAUUAAAGAACCUUAGGAAAACAAUGAAUGGUCAUGAUAACUUGAAAAUGGUAGUUACAUUAUACCAAAUUCCUGCAAGUGGACCAUGUCGUGCUGUUCGUUUGGUCGCAGCUUCUAUUGGAGUUAAUCUUGAACUUAAAGUUACCAAUCUACUAGCAAAAGAUCAUUACAAGCCAGAAUUCGUUAAGAUGAAUCCUCAACACACUGUACCUACUAUGGAUGAUAACGGAUUUUAUCUAUGGGAAAGCCGGGCCAUCUGUACAUACUUGAUUGAAAAAUAUGCUAAAAAUGAUUCACUGUAUCCAAAGAAUCCAAAACAACGCGCAAUUGUAAAUCAACGUCUAUACUUUGACUUCGGAACCUUAUAUCAACCUUUUGUCGAUUAUUAUAUACUGCCCUUACUACUUGGGAAAAAAGCAGAUGAAACGAAGGUUCAGCAAAUGGAACAGGCGUUUAAAUAUCUCGAUCUAUUUCUUGACAAUGAGAACUACGUAGCUGGAAAAAGUAUCACAGUAGCUGACAUUGUUAUACUUACUUCUGUUUCUAACUAUACGAUAUUUGACUAUGACAUGAGUAAAUACCCGAAUGUUACAAGAUGGUUCGAAAAACUACAAUCUGAAGUUCCUAAAUAUAAAGAAAUCAAUGAAAGUGGAUUAAAAGAAUACAAAGCUUUUGUACAGUUUUUAAAGAAUAAGUAAAAUUUUACGCAUUAAUAAGAUUAAUGUCUUAUAUUAA